GAAGGAGGGAGAGAGACAGAGAGAGACAGAGAGAGAGAGAGAGAGAGAGAGAGAGCACAGUAUGCCCUUGCCUCCCUCCUUCCUCUCUAUUAUAAAACUGAAAGGAGACUGAAAAGAGGAACAGUAGAGCUGGAAAACAAAGAAAGACACUGAAAGAGUACGGCAUAGAAAGGACAGGGAGAGAGAGAGACGGGGUAAAAUAACGGGACGUGCGUGAAGAGAGAGAAAGCGAGACAGACAGAGCUCAGUGCAGCAGUAUCACCACUUCCACCACCUCUCUUCCAUAGCUACCUUUACCUCCUCCCUCCCUCCCUCCCUCCUCCUUUCUGUAUUCCAUCUCCCCUGGUUCUCCCUCCUUCUCUCUGUACUCCAUCUCCCCUGGUUCUCCCUCCUCCUCUCUCUACUCCAUCUCCCCUGGUUCUCCCUACUCCUUUCUGUACUCUGUGUCCCCUGGUUCUCCUCUUCUCUGUCUACUACUAUUACCGACAGCAGGACCAUGGAUACAGGAAGCCCCAGGAAGAUCCAGUUCACCAUGCCUCUCCUGGACUCACACCUGGACCCAGAGGCUGCUGAACAGAUCAGAAGACGUCGGCCCACACCUGCUACUCUGGUAGCAUCCAGUGACCAGUCUUCUCCAGAAAUAGAUGAAGACCGUCUUCCAAACCAGUUAUACAAGGCAGCCUUGAUGAACUCUCCCAGGCAGAGGAGGAAGGGAGCAAGAGCCACGCCCACUAUGAAAGGUAAGAUCUCUCCCAGGCAGAGGAGGAAGGGAGCAAGAGCCACGCCCACUAUGAAAGGUAAGAUCUCUCCCAGGCAGAGGAGGAAGGGAGCAAGAGCCACGCCCACUAUGAAAGGUAAGAUCUCUCCCAGGCAGAGGAGGAAGGGAGCAAGAGCCACGCCCACUAUGAAAGAGUUACAGUUCAUGGUCGACCACCACCUAUAUCAACAGCAGCAGCAGCAGGGUGGAGGUGAUGAGUGUUCCUCAGAGAGCUGUCUGUCCGACAGACCCAGCCCGGACGCUCUGCCCAACGGGGAGGAGGAGGAGGAGCUGGAGCUACCGGAGGACGAGGAGGCCUGGGGAACCGAGGACAAGGUCAUUGCAGAGGCCUUCGAGAAGCCGUGCUGCCAGAUGGAGGCAGAGUUUUCGCGGAACAGUCUAUCAGAAGCUACAGGGGGACAUGAGUGCCCCCUCUCCGAGGAGGAAGUGGGAUGCUCCGCCGUUCUCAUGGCAGCAACAUCAUCGUCACAACAACAACACGCACUAGCAGCUGCAGACACAACAGCUGCGUCCACAGCGAGUCCACUGGCAGAGAAGAACACGAAGACACCCAACCAGGCCAAACAAGACAAGUAGAACCGUAGAACCGUCUCCACAGCAACCUGGCAUGCAUCCUAAGUGGCACCCUAUUCCCUAGCUAUGAAGUGUACUCCUUUUGAUCAGAGUAGUGCACUAUACAGGGAAUAGGGUGCCACUUGGAACGCAAACCUGACGUUCAAUAAGUAACUUAGACAGACAGACAGAAGACAGACAAUGACUGACCAUCCUUUUGACAGACAGACUUACGGCUGAAUUCAAUCUGUAUCACAGAGGUAUCGCAGAAGAUUCGCAUUAAAAUGCAAAUUCAUUAAAAUGCUAAUUUAUUAAAAUGCAAAUUCAUUAAAAUGCAAAUUCAUUCAUCAAAUUCAUUCAAAUACUACUUAAGAGUUUUUUGGGUAUCUGUACUGUACUUUACUAUAUAUAUUUUUGACAACUUUUACUUUUACUCCGCUACAUUCCUAAAGAAAAUCAUGUAUUUUUUACUCCAUACAUUUUCCCUGACACCUAGAAGUACUCGUUACGUUUUGAAUUGCUUAGCAGGACAGGAAAAUGGUCCGAUUUACACACUUAUCAAGAAAACAUCCCUGGUCAUCCCUACUGCCUCUGAUCUGGCGGACUCACUAAACACAAAUGCUUUGUU